AUGCGAGGUCAGGCCCCCCAGCCUGGCCCGACAGACCCCCUCAAUAUCACGCUACCGCGCAUUCCUCCGUCUGCCCGCCCUGUUGCCUCUAACGUGAAGGCGCACACCCUGUUUGCUUCUCUCAACAUCAACGGACUCCGCUCCCGUUCGGGCGCGCGGAAAUUCGACCAGGUUUGGCAGCUCAUGCGAGAAAGACGCAUUGGUAUCCUCGCCAUCCAAGAAGCCCACCUGUCCAGCGAGCAAGCUGACGCCCUCUCCGGCCAUUAUAAGCGCCUCCGCUUCCUUGUGUCCCCGACACCCAACCACGCCUCCUCCAUGGGCGGCGUCGCCUUCGUCCUGAACAAAGACGUAGUUGACGCUUCUGACGACAACAUAUCUUUCAAUGUCAUUGUACCCGGCCGCGCUGCUACCUUGGAUAUUGGCUGGCACACAACGCGCCGCGUCUCUAUCCUCAACAUUUAUGCCCCAUCCAACAACCCAGCCGACAAGCGCUCCUUCUAUACAUCUCUCUACGACUCUUGGAUCGACCGCGAGCGUUUCGCACCCGACGUCAUGCUCGGCGACUUCAACAUUGUGGAAGCUUCCCUCGACCGCUUCCCCCCGCACACAGACGACGCGGCAGCCGUCCACGCCCUCUCCCGCCUCAUCACCCUCUUCCGUCUCGAAGACGGUUACCGGCGGACCUUCCCCACGUCCCCAGCCUUCACCUUUGAACGCAACUCGGCCGAGGGUCUCACCUCCGCCCGCCUCGACCGAGUGUACGUAUCUGACGAAAUCCUACGCUCGAGCCAUUCUUGGAACAUCCACGAAUCCCCGAUCGAAUCUGAUCACAAGCUCGUCUCCUUCACUAUGGUCGACGAGCAACUCCCCUUCAUCGGGCGUGGACGCUACGCCCUGCCCGACCGCGCUCUCAACGACGAAGUCUUCCUUCGCGAAGUGGAGAAGUUAGGAUCAGACGCCCUAACCGCUAUGCGAGCUAUCGACCCCGUCUCCCGCUCUCGCACGAACAACGCCCCGCUCAUCUGGAAAAGGGACUUCAAAGACAAAGUUAUGCGUCUUGCGCGCUCCCGCAUGAAAACCACCUUCCGCCACUCGACGGAAGGCCGACUUCAAAACCUCUACGCCCAGCGCGACUCCGUCCUCAAGGAAGCUACCCACCUCGGCGCCAGCCUUGACGGCCUCGCCCUCGCGGAAAUCAACUCCCGAAUCCGGUCCCUAGAAGCCACCGCCUUUGCGAACAGACGCCUCGCCGUCGAAGCCCGCGACCGCGUGGAAGGCGGCCGCCCAGGCAAAUACUUCUCUGCCAUCCACAACCCCAAGGCGCCUAGAGAUGUCGUCUUUAGACUUCGCUCCCCCGCACCGACCCCCGGAAGAUCACCCCAUGUCACAAAAUCCAGCGAGAUGGCCGAACUCGCCCGAAACUACCACGAGUCUCGCCAAUCCGUCGCCCCCUGUCCGCCACCCGCCACCACGCGACAGCGAACCGCCAGGCUCGAACCCUUCAUCGAACGCCGCCUGUCUGAAGAACAGAAAGCCAAACUCGACACAGCUAUCACCCCCGACUCCCUCUCCAACGUGCUACACAAGGCCAAGUCCGCCUCGGCACCCGGCCUCGACGGCUUGGGCUACGCCUUCUACAAAACCCUCGUCUCCCGCUUCGAAGCCGCUCCCCCUGUACCUACGAACCACUCCCCCUCUUUCGAUGUACUCGCCGCUCUAGCCCUAGUCCACAAUGACAUUGCCUCACACUCUCCAGACGACUAUUGUCCCGAAGCCAACUUUGCUGAAGCCUGGAUGGCUCUCCUAUUCAAAAAAGGUGAACGUGAUCGUACCGAAAACUACCGCCCGAUUUCCUGCCUGAACUGUGACUACAAACUGCUCGAAGCCGAACGCGCGCUGCGCCUGUGCGACGUUAUCGGUUCCAUCAUACAACCUGACCAAGCCGGCUUCGUUCCCGGUCGAUCCAUCUUUGACCAAACACAGCUUGUCCGCCUAGUCCUCGAGAUGGCGGAUGCCUAUGACAUCCAAGGCUCCAUUAUAGCCCUCGACCAAGAAAAGGCGUACGACCGUAUACUACACCCCUACCUCCUUGACGUCCUCCGCAUGUACAACCUUCCUGAAUCGUUUGUCAACCUUGUCCAGGUUCUCUACACAGGUGCCUCGACGAAAGUCAUGAUUAAUGGCGUACUCAGCUCGCCCUUUGACGUCACGAGAGGUGUCCGCCAGGGCGGCCCACUCUCCUGCCUGCUCUUCAUCAUAGCCAUCGAACCCCUCGCCUCUAUGCUACGGCUAUCGGAUCUUAAAGGUGUCACCGUCCAUAACUCCACGAGACGCCUCAUUGCGUCCCUUUUCGCAGACGACACCACCGUAUUCCUCGACGCCACUGACCGCCUUGAUGACCUCUUCACCAUCCUCGACUCGUGGUGCCUAGCUUCCGGUGCGAAGUUCAACAUCUCGAAGACCUGCAUCAUUCCCCUUGGUUCCCCAGACCACAGAACGACCGUCCUGGAAUCCAGGCGACUACACCCCGACCAUGAUCCUGUUCCGGCUAACAUCCCAAUCCUCCGCGACCGCGACCACACGCGAGUCCUUGGCGCUUUCGUCGGAAACGACAUUCGCGAGGAUCUGCCCUGGGGCCCUCUCGUUUCUAAAGCACGCGCCUUUUUUGCCAAGUACGCUAACCAUAUCGCGUAUCCCGACCUCCAGUCACGCACGAAUCUCGUCUCCCUAUACAUCGGCCAAACUACCCAAUAUCUCACUCGUAGAAGUAGGCCAUGA